AUGGCGCGUCCAAAGGCUAUCCGUGCGCCUACAGCCGCCAGUCUACCCAACACUCUGCGUCUCCCCUCCUCGACCUCGUCUCUCAUAAAGUCAUUCUCACGACUAUCACGCCACGCUCUGCUGGACCUAGUCUUCCAGUGGCUCGAUGAUCGCAACGCACAAUUGUUUCCACCAUAUCUUCAGAAAGACGAGAUCGAGAACCCCGCCGACGAUAAACUCAGCCCGUACCCGGCCGCCGAAACGAUCGAGGACGUCCGGAAUGCUUACCAGGAUCUACAAGACAGGAAGGGCGGCAAACGCGAAGUGAUUGAUCGUAUAUUGGAGGGCGACUGGCGACACGGUAUCACCCUGCGACAACUGGCAAUGGUGGACAUUCGGUACAUGGAAGAUCAUCCCGCAAGUCUGCGAUGGACAGCAUUUGAACUCAGUCGCAUUGGCAUGGACGGAACUCAAUCCGCAGGAGCAACAACGCCCGACGUUUCCGCAUGUCUACCGCGCAUCCACGCCACCACGUUCCUGAGCAACCUUCAACAGCAGAUUUCUCCUCUGGUGAAAGCGCAUUACCAUCUCGUCCGCUCGUCCUCGCUUCCGCUCUCGUUCUUGCGCAUUCUAGUGACCAGUUCUCCAUACCAAAACCCUCGCCAGCCACCUGAGGCUCUGAUGGACUCAUCUCGAGUGAUGUACGUGGCUUUCCCCGACAGUUGCCCUUUCAUCUACACGUCCAUAGCAACAUCGCCUGUCGCAAAAUCCAAUACAACCACCAACCAUGCCGUCGCAACCGAUGCUCGAAGUCUGCAGCGCAUUGUCCGAGACGCUUUACCCAAAGCAUUAUCACGACCUCAAGAGCGAUAUGCCCUGAAAGCGACCUCUCUAACAGCGAAGAACCUGCAAGCGCUGCUGGCGCUCCGUGGUCCUGGAAGAUCCAACGUGGCCCAUGGGGCGUUCAGUAUAUUCGCGGACGCGGUACUCGAAGGGAGUCCCUUGGACCCACGUCCGUCGGAUACGAUAUCUCCCAGAGAGCACUUCUACCAAGACUUAGACAAGGAGAACGAAAACCAAGAGGACGGCAACACGAGCAAAGAGACGGAGCCUAGUUCCCAUGUUGCUAAGAAGCGCAAAUUAGCUGUCCAUUCUCGUUUUGGCACAACUGGAACCCUCUCGUCUGCCCCUCUGGACCGCCUCGACGUGCGCCUGCUUGAUCCAGCAGACGAUGAGGAUGACGAACAUGAGGUGGACCACACGCAACCAUCAGUAUCACUCACAUUUGUCGGCUCGGACGUCAUCAGUGGUAUCCGCAAGCUCGCCGAACUGGGUGUCGUUGACCCGGAGCGUAUGCCGUCCUGGAUGACGGGCGAAGAAGCAGUCAGCGUAGCUGUCGUUCAUCGAGGAAAACGUGUAGUCAAAGCUGGUUGA